CCCCCACCCACCGCGGAUCUGGUUUACGGCUUGGAGCGCAGGCUCCAGUGCGGCAGCUGAUUGGUUGCCCAAGGCUUGGUCCCAUCCCAGUGACCCCAAAGUGCUGGAAGGAGGGGGCGGGGGUGGCCCAGUGCAAAGUGCAUCCCGAAAGCCCCCUGUCGGGACACCCUGCUCCUGACACUUCGGACCCGGUACGCUUUGGGGUCUCCCUGCCUCCAGACCUCUUGAGUCCCUCGGUAGCUGGAAGCCUCCGGCCCGGCGCGCGGCAGACCCCUGGUCUGAGCCCCUGGACCGGGACUGCCCCCCCAACCCGAGCCGGCACUUCCUCCCUGAGCCCCUUCCCGGAGGCUGCUCCGAGGCCAAGACCUCCACCUCCAGUUUGAUCGGCUCUCUGGAUGCUCUCGGGCUGGGGCCGUGAAGCACCGAGGAGGAUCAGGAACACGGUGUCCGGCCCUGCCUGGGGUGUUUCUUCAAUGGAGAAGUUGGUGAAUGUGGAGGAGGCUGAUAGGAGAGAGAGGAGCUGCAGCUGAGGAGACAGGUUUGAGCUGGCUGGAGGACACGCGCGAGCAGAAAGGGGUCUGCCCACCCACUAGAAGCAGCAGGUAGAGUGCUUGGGAUCAGCAUCCUCUCUAAAGGUGAAGAAUACUCUUGCCCUGAGGCCUGAACACACUGGGAACCCCUUCCCCAUGAUGCUGCUUGUACACAAUGGUCAAUAGGCAAUCUGUCUCCCAAGAGAAGAGUCACUCUUCUGUAAGGCUGACUGCUUUGACCUAAUGACUGGUUGGUGAAAAGCAGACUCUGCUAGGAUGUUACACCACCACUGUCGGAGAAACCCUGAGCUCCAGGAGGAACUGCAGAUUCAGGCUGCCGUAGCCGCCGGGGAUGUUCACACAGUACGAAAGAUGCUGGAGCAAGGUUACUCCCCAAAUGGCCGAGAUGCUAAUGGCUGGACCUUGCUCCAUUUCUCUGCUGCAAGAGGAAAGGAGAGAUGUGUUCGGGUGUUUCUAGAACACGGAGCUGAUCCCACGGUUAAGGACUUAAUCGGAGGCUUCACCGCUCUGCAUUACGCAGCCAUGCAUGGCCGGGCCCGGAUUGCACGCCUGAUGUUAGAGUCUGAAUACAGGAGUGACAUUAUUAAUGCAAAAAGCAAUGACGGCUGGACUCCUCUCCACGUGGCUGCUCACUAUGGUAGGGACUCGUUUGUCCGGCUCCUCCUGGAGUUCAAGGCUGAGGUGGACCCACUCAGUGAUAAAGGUACAACGCCACUUCAGCUCGCCAUCAUCCGAGAGAGAUCAAGCUGCGUGAAAAUCCUCCUGGACCACAACGCCAACAUCGACAUUCAGAACGGCUUCCUGUUGCGCUACGCUGUGAUUAAAAGCAAUCACUCUUACUGCCGCAUGUUCCUUCAGAGAGGGGCAGACACAAACUUGGGGCGCCUAGAAGACGGACAGACUCCUUUGCACUUGUCUGCCCUUCGUGAUGAUGUGCUCUGUGCACGGAUGUUGUAUAACUAUGGCGCGGACACGAACACAAGGAACUAUGAAGGUCAGACCCCUCUGGCUGUUUCAAUAAGUAUUUCAGGAAGUAGUCGGCCGUGUUUGGAUUUCUUACAAGAAGUCACAAGACAACCCAGAACACUGCAGGACCUGUGCCGAAUUAAAAUUCGACAGUGUAUAGGCCUUCAAAACCUGAAGCUGCUUGAUGAACUACCAAUUGCCAAGGUCAUGAAAGACUACUUAAAACACAAAUUUGAUGAUAUCUGAUGUACCUGGACUGUGAGCAAGAUUAAGAGUUAUUCCAGCUACUCAAAAGGCUUUGGGCCUUGCACAAAGUAUAUCCUAUGCAAUUUCUGAUUUGCUGUGAAGUCAGAAGGCGGCAGGUAUACACUUUUAGGUUUUUUGUUUGUUUGGUUUUCAUUUUAGGGGAGGGAUACACACACACACUCACACACACACACACACACACACACACACACACACACACAUCACACUCUUGAAGGUCUUAAUUUGGUUUCUUGGUCCAAGUCUAUGAGGUCCAAGCCUUUCUAUACAAUACUGCAUUUAGAAACAUUGUUUUUCCUAAAUGCACAAACACAGGCAGGUUCGAUGCUCUGGUUUCACUGGUGAACGAGGUACUAGAAACCAGCAGAACACUUGUUAAGUUUGGAGGUCUUGGGCUCACCUAGGAGAUCCUAGGUGACGCUGGAAAAUUCCCUUCGAAGAAACUUGCAGUAAUUCUAUCACCUCAUUCAACUUUAAUGAGUACAGAUGAGCUGUUUAAAACUUCUUUUUCCCUUCUAAUUAAUGUAGCUUUCCAAGGGGAAAACCCGUACCUCUGCUUCCUUUGGUGUGCGCUUAUUUUUAAAUUAUUUUUUUUAACAACUGUAGGACACUACUCUGAGACAUUGUGUUUCGACUCCUCUCUCUCUUGUUGAAUUGUGCUUUUAAAACAAAAUGGGGAAAGGAAUUACGUUUUUAAAGCCAGUGUACUCUGUUUUUAAAAACAGUGCCUCUUGUGCUGCUCUCUCGGUGUGGUCUCUGACCUCUCUCUCCCCGUUCCUCGGCCAGCCGGCUUCCCUGUGCCCUCAGAGCAGGAACCACCACUUCCACCCCCUCUGCACCCACAGUACGCCACCUCAACUGUCACGUUAAGUUUUCUGUUUCAUUUCACUCUAAGGAACGAAUUUCAUAUCCUGAUGAUACAGUGUUCCCUAGGAAUAGCCCACAUUCUUGCUAAACCAUUUGAUUUUAAUGAUUGAAUAAUUUGGGGUGGUUUCACGGUGUUUUUGUUUUGUUUUGUUCCUGGUAAUAUGUAUACAUAUCUCUCUUAAGGGUAAAAUCUCUCAUGGGCACUCUUGUGAGCCUGGCAAAUUGCUAAUUUGCUAAUUAAAUAUUUCCUGUCUGUUUUGGAGGUAGGUGCAGUAAAGCUCUUCAGGACAAGUAUUUGAUUUUCUGGGUUGGUUGGUCAUGUGUGUAGACCCAAAUGUGGGGAAGUGUCGGUAGCGAGGGAGGCGGUCCCGUAGGCACUAGGCAUCAGGGAUGUGCCUUCGGACACAUGCUCACUGCUUCAUUCAUCAUUGUGGUAGUUUGAGGAGAGCCUUUUCAAGUGCCCUGAUGUCACUGUUAGUGUCAUGACAAAUUUUUUUAAAUAUUUAUAACUGUUAAUGAAUUUGCUAUCAUAAGUUUGCAAGGUAAGGGCUUCUCCUUUCUUGUCAGAAUUGCCAGUUUGGGGGCAUUGAGCAUAAGACUCAUUCACCCCAAAGUGUGAUUAAACAGACUCCAGCUUCACCGACCUCAGGCCAGCAGCACUGUUUUCUCAAGCCCAGAGUUUGUCGCCUUAGCUUUAAAGCAUGGAAUCUUCACGUGCCUAGAUGGUACACAGAUUCCUGAACAAACAGCUUGGGCAGGAAAAAUGAGUCAGGGACUCGCUAGUGUGGCCCAUAGACUCCUUCAGCAAGCUAGGGUGCAUGUAGGCAGUUAUAGCUGGUUCCUGAGUAGCUGGGAGCCUAGUGGAUAGGGACACACACAAGGUUUGUUGUGACCUUGUCUGAAAGGUUAUCUCCAUGGAGACUCCCCUGCGAAGACACCUGCACAACUGUAUUCUCAUUCUUUAUUUAUUCAGAACCGAGGUCAAGGCUGGGGGACCCAUGAACAGCAGCCUCGGGGACACAAGGUGACCAGAGUUACUUGAGUGUAACUUCUGUUAGAACCCCAAGCCCAGCAUGGGAAGCGGUGGGAGGAGCCUGGAGUCUGCACUCUGAACUGCCAUGUUGGUGUCCCAGUGGCACAGUGGGUGUAUUAAUUUAUUCCGUGAGUUAAAAGUGACAUUCACUCCCCACCCAUGGAGAGGGUUCUGAACUAACCCAUGAAAUUGAGUCAGGGAAUUCCAAGUAAAAAGAUCAUAUUAAGGCAAAUUCUUUGUUCUGUGUGCUGCUGUGACUUCAGAAAAAAAGAAAAAAAUUAUGAGCGCUCUUCCUGGAAUUGAAAAUUCUAUUUAAUGAAGAAGUCUAUAAUUCUAUUAUUUAUUGUUUGAGGUUUGAUUUUUCUGGAAGCUUAAAAGAAUGUUCUUUGUUUAUUAAUAGAACCCCAGUCAUAUACUGUAUCUUAUGGUGACUGAAAGGCUGUAUAGUUCCCACUGUGACCAUGAUGACAUAUGCAGGUCUGCACUUGAAUUCGAUUAUCAGAGAAGCACUCUGUGGCCAUGAGGAGAGAAAAACAAGUGUUUUCAAACUCGGCCUAUUGUCUAUUCCAGAAUCUUGACUCAAAAUUUGCCACUGAUUCUUUUGUGUUUCUUUUGAAAUGUAUUAUUUAAGCCUAUUCCUAAAACUUUAUAAAAUGCAUUUGGCAAAGACACCAAAGAAACCAGCUCAUAAAAGAUUAUGAUCAUUAAUGAACUGCAAACCUCAUCUUUUGCAAACAAGGGUGUUUCUUUGUAAAUAUUUGUGUUUAUAAAUGUACAGCAGAGUAAGAGUGGUUUUUUAGAUUAUUUAAUUCCCAUAUUUCUAAACUAUUUACUACAGAAUAACACGUGCUCAUUAGUUUGGAUGACUUGAUUGUUUGGUUUUUUUAAUUCAUCAUCAGUCAUGCGUGGAACAGCGUUUCGCUGGAGAAGUCAGCAUUCUGGCAGUGGCAGGAGUCACUUUUGGAGCAUGAGGGAGUCUAGACUCACACCCUCGUAAGACACAAGAAAGUGUAGCUUAAUGAUCAGAGUGGACCAUAUGAAAUCGCUUCUAACUUCCCUACUGAAUCACUCGUUAGCCCAGGAUGGGAUUGGGACAAGGCUGUUUGCCCACAAAUUUAGCUUUCAUGUAACUCCCAGUGUGUUGUAUCAUAAUAUAUUCUGUUCUUUCUUUGUAAUGUAAGUUUUGCUUUGAGUCAAUUUGAAUUAAAAAAAAAAUCUUAAAUCUGGUUUAAAAAAA